GAACCAAGAAGGGUGAUGAUGGAGGUGGUAGACGGUCCGUUGACAGGGGAGUGGACCGCCAGUCGAUUACGAAUAAGUUGCUCCCUUGUCCGCCGCCCUCGUGCUCCUCCUCACCGCCGACGAGGUCCCCUCACCGCCGACGAGGUUAGACAAAUAAUUUUCAAACAAGGGGGGUUAUCUGCAAGAGCGUGUACAUACUGAAUUGGGUGCCGCUUGUGCCUCCCUGUCGCUGGCCUCACUGCCGGUGACGUGACACAGCAAGCCAGGCCUCCUUCCACCGAAGUCCUCUUUCGUCAAGAGGCGUCUCUCUCCGCUUCCCUGCCCUCCACCGCUACCGGGCUGGUAUGGAGUGGAGAUCCAUCUAGAGUACUUGGAUCGAUUUCUUCAUUUGCUGUUUUCAGUGGGGUGACCCUGUGGAACCCAAAGCAGACCUGCGGUGUUUGGGAUGGAGUCUGGGAGUGCAUUCUACGCAGGUGAAGGUCUCUCCAUCGAUCCCAAGUGGCUCAUUGACCCAAAGCUUCUCUUUGUUGGGCCACGCAUCGGUGAGGGCGCACAUGCAAAGGUCUAUGAGGGGAAGUACAAAAACCAAAACGUUGCUAUCAAGAUUUUGCACAAAGGGGACAACCCAGAGGACAUAACCAAGAGGGAGGGGAGGUUCUUGAGAGAGGUGACCAUGCUUUCAAGGGUGCAGCACAAGAACCUCGUCAAGUUUAUUGGGGCCUGCCUAGAGCCUGCCAUGGUGGUCGUGACUGAGUUACUAGUGGGGGGCUCUUUGCGCAAGUACUUGGUCAGUCUCCGGCCUAGGAGCCUUGAGCCUCAUGUAGCAGUGGGGUUUGCAUUGGACAUUUCCCGAGCUAUGGAAUGCUUGCAUGCACAUGGAAUCAUUCAUCGUGAUCUUAAGCCUGAUAAUUUGUUGCUGACUUCAGACCAGAGAACAGUCAAACUUGUUGACCUUGGUUUAGCAAGAGAAGAGACAUUAACAGAGAUGAUGACUGCUGAGACAGGAACAUACCGUUGGAUGGCUCCAGAGUUGUACAGUACAGUAACGUUGAGGCAUGGAGAAAAGAAGCAUUACAACCAUAAAGUAGAUGUUUACAGCUUUGCAAUUGUGUUAUGGGAACUCCUUCACAAUAAGCUGCCCUUUGAGGGCAUGUCUAAUCUGCAAGCCGCGUAUGCUGCUGCUUUCAAGAACAUCAGGCCAAGUGCAGAUAACUUGCCUGAAGAGUUGUCAGAAAUUCUAACAUCCUGCUGGAAGGAAGACCCAAACGACAGACCAAAUUUCACCCGGAUAAUACAAAUGCUUCUACACUACCUGUCCACCCUUUCGCCACAAGAAACUUUGGCCCCUUGUCGCACAUUCAGUUCGGAGAACACAAUCCUCCCUCCUGAAUCUCCUGGGACAAGCUCGCUAAUGGCUUCUCGAGGCGACCUCGGCGACACACCAAAGGGCAAGAUGGAAGACAAGCCAAGGGGUUUAUUUUUCUGCUUCAGCGAGUGCUAUUAGCACAAAGCAAGGAAACUGUGCAGAUACCGAAAGAACAAUACCCCACCCCCUGUUGCGCUGCGAUUUGGUCGCGGUGGAUCUAGCCUCAGCACCCAUAGUCCAUACACAAAGGAUGGCUGAGGGUUCUUGUAGAACUGCUGUUUCUGCUAAUCAGGUCUCCUGCGUCGCUGACAUGUUGACAUAUCAGCAGGGUAAAUCGAGUAACCUUUUGACUCCAGAUAGCAAUGAUGAAAAUAGUUUUAUCAUGUAUUUUCGGUGAACCAUGGUAUCAUGGAGCCUAGAUUGCCCGUCUCGCGCAUCAUCGUAUAGAAAUAAACCAAUAAUAAUUCACAUGUUGACAUA